AUGGACGGAAUCAGUUCCUCCUCCACCGACGACAACAGCACCAGCAGCACCGACUCCACCUCCCCACUCCCACCGCCGCCUGCCCUCCUCCCUUUCCCCGCCGCCAAGUCCCCGCCGCCGGAAUCCCUCUGCCGCGUCGGCAGCGGCGCCAGCAGCGUCGUCCUCGACCCUGAAUCCGGCGGGAUCGAAGCAGAGUCCCGCAAGCUGCCGUCCUCCAAGUACAAGGGAGUCGUCCCCCAGCCCAACGGCCGCUGGGGGGCCCAGAUUUACGAGAAGCACCAGCGCGUCUGGCUCGGCACCUUCAACGGCGAGGACGACGCCGCACGCGCCUACGACAUCGCCGCCCUCCGCUUCCGCGGCCGCGACGCCGUCACCAAUUUCAAGCCGGAUUUUAAAUUGAACAACCCAGCCGCCGCCGGCGACGAAUUGGACGACGACGUCGAGCUGGAGGCCAACUUCCUCAACUCCCAUUCCAAGGCCGAGAUCGUCGACAUGCUGCGGAAGCACACCUACGACGACGAGCUGGAGCAGAGCCGCCGGAAAGGGCAGGGGAUGAAACAGAGCAUCGCCCGGUUCAAUUCGAAUGCCGGGUCGGACCGGUUAGCCGGGUCGGACCGGUUAGCCCGGUCGGCCCGAGAUCAGCUCUUCGAGAAGGCGGUUACCCCGAGCGAUGUCGGGAAAUUGAACCGGCUCGUGAUCCCUAAGCAGCACGCGGAGAAGCAUUUCCCGCUGCAGAGCGGCGGGAGCGUCGGCAGCACGAAAGGGGUGCUGCUGAAUUUCGAGGACGCGGCGGGGAAAGUGUGGCGGUUCAGGUACUCGUACUGGAACAGCAGCCAGAGCUACGUGCUGACGAAAGGGUGGAGCCGGUUCGUGAAGGAGAAGGGGUUGAAAGCCGGCGACAUUGUCAGCUUCCAGAGAUCCGCCGCCGGGCAGGAGCAGCAACAGCUGUACAUCGACUCGAAGCCCAGGGGAGGGGUUGGGCCGAACCAGGCGGUUUGCUCGGUGGUUCAGCCGGUUCAGAUGGUCCGGCUGUUCGGGGUGAACAUAUUUAAACUCCCCGGGAGCGGCGGCGGCGGCAGUGACGGUGUUGGAUGUAAUGGAAAGAGGUCGGUGAGGGAGAUGGAGAUGUUGGCGUUUGAAUGCAGUAAAAAACAGAGGAUUAUUGGAGCUUUGUAG